UUUUGCAAAUAAAAUUUCUAAAGUUGUUAUUUCUUUCUUUGAAGAAAAAUUCGAAAUUGUAAUUCUCAGUGAAAUCGUAAAAGAAUCUCACGGAAAGCGACAAUUUUAGAAAAUUCAACGAUAAGCUUUAUUAUCUCUCUACUUAUGUGUUAUGUGUGGAUGUGUGAAGAGUAGGGAAAAGUACGAGAAGAAAAUGAGUGAGGAGAAGAGGAAGCAACACUUCGUGCUAGUACAUGGUAUGUGUCACGGCGCGUGGUGCUGGUACAAGGUGAAGCCGCUGCUCGAGGCUUCAGGCCAUCGUGUAACCGCCUUAGACCUAGCUGCUUGCGGUAUAGACACUACCAGGUCAAUCACUGAAAUUUCCACAUGCGAAGAAUAUUCUAAGCCAUUGAUGCAGCUAAUGACUUCAUUGCCGAAUGAUGAGAAGGUUGUGCUCGUUGGUCAUAGCUUUGGAGGUUUGAGUUUAGCCAUAGCCAUGGAUAAGUUUCCCGACAAAAUCUCUGUCUCUGUCUUCGUGACUGCUUUCAUGCCCGACACCAAACACUCACCAUCUUUCGUCGAAGAUAAGUUUGCAAUAAGCAACAUGACACCAGAAGGAUGGAUGGGCACUGAGCUCGAGACGUAUGGUUCAGAGAAUUCUGGCUUGUCUGUGUUAUUCAGCACUGACUUCAUGAAGCACCGUCUCUACCAACUUUGUCCUAUUGAGGAUCUUGAGCUUGGAUUACUUCUAAAGAGGCCUGGAUCAUUGUUUAUUAAUGAACUAUCGAGGAUGAAGAACUUUUCUGACAAAGGGUAUGGAUCUGUUCCUCGAGCUUACAUAGUGUGCAAAGAGGACAACAUUAUCUCGGAAGAACAUCAACGGUGGAUGAUCGAUAAUUAUCCGGCGGAUUUAGUGAUUGAGAUGGAAGAGACAGAUCAUAUGCCAAUGUUUUGCAAACCUCAACUACUAAGUGACCAUCUAUUGGAAAUCGCCGAAAAAUUCUCUUAAAUAAUAUUUUGAUGAAAAUGUAUUUGGAGUUGAUACAUUAAUCAAGUGUGUGUUCUAAAAUAGAUAUUUCUAAAAGUUAAGACUUUAUUCCUUACUAUGGUUGCAAUGAGAAACCUAACAGUCAAUGUA